GUCAUAAGUUCUAAAUUUCUUGUAGAACCAACAAUUUGUUGAGCUCUAGAAAAAUGUAAUCUUAUCAAAGUUAAGAGGAGUGUAAGGCUUAUCAAAUAGGAAGUGUAAAGUAAAAUCACAUCGAAAACGUCUCAGAUUUUUCUUGUUGCCUACUUGAAGAUGAGGAAAACUUCAAGAUAAUUGUGUGUUUGUAUGUAUUAUUCUUUGAAAACUCUCUCAAUUGAACAAUUUAUUGGAGGUUAAUAAAAAUGGCAAAACAAUCUGUUGUAAUUGUUGGAGCUGGUGUAUCUGGACUAUGCGCUGGCAGACACCUUUUGAAACAUCCUGAUAAAUACAAUGUUGUCAUUUAUGAGAUGGCAUCUGAAAUUGGUGGCUCAUGGAUCUAUACUGACAGAAUUGGAACUGACGAGUACGGUACUAGUGUACACACUAGCAUGUACUCAAAUUUAAGUACGAAUCUACCAAAAGAGGCCAUGGCUUACCCAGAUUACCCAUUCAAAGAAAAUGAAUCAUCAUAUUUGCCUCGAGAAGAUGUUCUGAACUACAUUAAUGACUAUACCGAUCAUUUCGACGUGAGGAAGCUGGUGAAGACUCUUCAUAAAGUCGAUAAAAUAUCCAGAAAAGAUGACAAAUGGUCUAUUAAUGUUACAAAUUGUAAAACUAACGAAAAGAUUGAGAGUACCUGUGACAUUGUGAUUGUUUGCAAUGGGCACUGCAGUGUACCAAGAAAAGCAAAAAUAGAAGGCAUGGAGACAUUUCCUGGCAGUCAAAUUCACAGUCAUGAUUAUAGGAAAACGGCGCCCUACAAGGGGCAGACUGUGUUGGUGGUAGGGGCAGGCCCUUCAGGAUUGGACAUCUCUUGUGACCUGUCCAAAGUUGCAAAACAGGUAAAUAUCAUCAAAGAUGAUAGUGAGGUGACUGUUGACUCCAUCAUUUAUUGCAUUGGCUACAAUCAUGAAUUCCUGUUUCUUGAUGAAUCUUGUCAGAUAACAGUUGAAGAAAACUAUGUGCGGCCGCUCUACAAGCAAAUUAUCAACGCUGAUCAUCCUACGAUGUGCUUUUUGGGACUACAAAAGUACGGCCCUCUCUUCCCAUUGGUGGAUAUUCAGAUGCGUUUCUACCUCGCUUAUUUGGAGAAAAACUUCGCAACCAAACAAGAAAUGGCGAGAGAUGUCGAACAGUUCGAGAACGCGAAAGUAGCAGCCGGUACCAUCAAGAACCACUACCACGCUCUCCCGUCCGGACUCUGCGAAGUCUAUCUGGAUGAUUUGGUAAAAUUGGCCAAGAUUGACCCGCUUCCCACAGUAAUGUUGCGUAUUCAUUUCCACGGAGCUAUGACCAUUCUAACCGAUUUCAUGAACUUCAGGAAAAAUGUCUACAAAGCUGUUGAUGGGGAGAAGUUCACCCUGAAUGGGAAGAUUUUUGAAUACAAGAAACCUUGUGACGGUGUAAAGUGCUAACAUGAUGAUUAUAGUCUCAAUCUGAUCUCAAGUAUAUCAUCAAUAAGCUAAAAUUUUCAAAAAAACAGUAUCAAUCUGACAUCACGUAUUAUUAUCAUGAAUAAGCUUCUAAUUAUCAAAUUUCGGGAGAGACAGUUUUGGGCUGAGUUGUUGUUCUCUUCUGAUUAUAGAAUAUGUUUCGUGCCAGUAUCAAUAAAUAUAAUAGUCUACAGAUGGAAAUAAUAAUAAUUAAUAAAAAAAUAUUCAUUCAUUGA